AUGAUGUGGAGAUCGGCUGUUCCUUUGAUUCUCCUGACCUGGCUGUUUCUUCCCUGUCACGACGAGAGCGGGGAUGAGGUCCGCUCCAAUGCGCCCACGUCCCUGCUCAGCAGCGAACGUCUACGUGGUGCCGUCCGCAAUGUUCGCGAGCAGACAGGUCGCAUCGCCGACAUGCUUGGGCGGCCCGCCGCGCAGACUGAAUCUGGCUUGGGCGCGUCCCUGGUAAACCCCGAGAAACUAGGCUCAACAGACGAUCACCAGCUGGCUACUAUCGUCCGUGCCAGCUCGCAAGAAGGCCUCACUGCGUCGCGGUAUCAGGAAGCUGUGCAUGCUGAGGCGGAAAGGUUAAUGCAGGGUCUUCAGGGAGCUGCGGCGUCGGUAUCGGGAUCCGAUGCGUCGACGCUUGUCCCGCAGCCUCAGAGUGAUGUGGAGGCAGCUGGGAAUGCGCCGGCGCCUAAUAGUAUGUACUCGGCUGGGGAGUCGGAUAGAGAGUCGACGCCGGCACUAUUGUCGUCUGCUGUGUCUGCGAAGAAAAAGCCGACGAAAUGGCACAAGAAGUCGAACCAUACUUCGACUGCGUCAUUGGUGCGGAUGUCGUUGAAUAUGGGCCAGAUCGGUUCUUCCGCCUUGUCGACUCCUGACAGGAAAGGAAAAAAGAACAGUAAACCAAGCCAAGAGGUCAAAUUGACCGUCCACAUUGCUGAAAUCAUCUUCCGACAGCGGUAUAUCAUGCAGCUCUGCAGGGCCUUUAUGCGAUACGGGGCCCCUACCCACCGUCUGGAGGAGUAUAUGCAGAUGACGGCCCAGGUAUUGGAUAUCAAAGCGCAAUUCAUGUACCUUCCUGGCUGUAUGAUCAUGUCAUUCGAUGACCCGGUGACUCGUACUGCAGAGGUGAAACUCAUUCGCGCGCCGCAGGGCCUUGAUCUCGGACGCCUCGAGGACGUCCACCACUGUUAUAAACGUGUUACCCACGACAUGGUCGACAUGCAGACAGCCAUCUCGGAACUCACUGCCUUGAUGGAUCGAAAGCCGCGAUAUAAUAGGUGGCUGGUGAUCCUGCUUUAUGGACUUGGAUCUGCUGCUGUAGGGCCGUUUGCGUUCUCUGCACGGCCUAUCGACAUGCCUAUUAUUUUCUUCUUGGGAUGCUGCGUAGGGUUUAUGCAGCUCGUUAUCGCCCCUCGAUCCCCGUUGUAUGCCAAUGUAUUUGAAGUUUCUGCAGCAAUAUUGGUAUCCUUCAUCGCGCGUGCAUUUGGCAGUAUUAGACUCCCUGGCCAUACCGACCCUAUAUUCUGCUACGCCUCGAUAACUGAAUCUUCGAUUGCACUGAUUCUCCCCGGCUUUUCUGUCCUUAGUAGCAGUCUGGAGCUACAGUCCCAUCAAAUGAUAGCCGGUUCUAUCCGCCUCGUCUACACCAUCAUCUACUCCCUCUUCCUGGGCUACGGCGUCACAGUGGGCACGACGAUCUACGGCGCCAUCGAUUCCGACGCAACUAGCGACACAACCUGCGCCAGGCAGUCUGUCUGGGGAAGCCCAUACACGGAACAUUUUCCCUUUGUUGCUGUCUACUGCCUCAUCGCGUCGUUAAUCAACCAGUCUAAACUCCGCCGUACGCCUGUCAUGAUCUUAAUCGGGACGGCAGGGUAUGUGACCAACUACUUCAGCACCCAGAGACUGGGCUCUUCAUCUGAAGUGGCAAAUACAGUUGGUGCGUUUACGAUUGGGCUCCUGGCGAAUCUGUAUAGUCGCGUUUGGCAUGGGAAUGCAGUGAGUUCGACCAUUCCGGGCAUCUUUACGCUUGUGCCGUCGGGGAUGGCGUCGUCGGGGUCGAUCUUGUCUGCCAUUGAGUAUUCGGAUUCUGUCAAGAAUGGAACAGCUAAUACGUCUGGGGGUUCGUCAGGGAGUUCCUUAACGAGUUUGGGAUUCGGUAUGAUCCAGACGGCGAUUGGGAUUACGGUGGGAUUGUUUGUGUCUGCGCUGAUUGUGUAUCCGCAUGGGAAGAAGAGGAGUGGCUUAUUUUCGUUGUAG